AUGGAGGAUGAAUAUUUAUUUUCUGGUAGUGCUUGGUUUAAAGAACGGCUCAAGGGUGCUGAUAGUAGAUACUGGAAAAUAGCUCGAAAAUAUUUUCUGUUUAAAAAGGAUCUGUCAUCGGCACCUAAUUUGUUUAAAUUUGAUUAUAAAGCCAUAAAAACUAUAUCUAGACCACAAGGUACAAUUCUUAUGAGUUUUCGAGGAGUAACUCUUGAUCCUGAUGAAAUAAGCGAGCAUCGGCCUGGUCGACCAUGGACGGAUGAUGCAAAAAAUUCUAUUCGUUCAUUAUUGGACCGAAUUGCUACUCGAUGGGAACCAAAAUAUCUGUAUCCACCAAAAACUGAUAUUAGAAAGCUUCAUGAUAGUUUAACGCCAGAACCUUUACAACAUGUAGAGAAAACAUACGAUGAAACAAAUAAUGAUAUUGACUCAUUUAAUGUCGAUAAGGCUUUAGAUUUGUACGAGAGAUAUCUAGUGCCAUUAUAUUAUCAUGAAUUGUGGAGUGAAAUAAUUAAGGAUUUUAAAAAUGUUGAAACAAAACUUGAAGAACGUGAAACAGUAAUUAAUGCUAGCUUAUUCUUUGACGAGAAUACUCAUGAUCAGACAAAAGAAAGUGCACUUAUUUUUGGAACUAAUCGUGUGAUCUAUAAUGAUAAUUAUAAACCUCUAUCAAAGAAACCUGGUCUUUUUGAUCUUGUUCUUAUCAAAGUCAAUAAUAAGGAAUACUUUGGUAUAAGUGUUUAUGUUGAACGCAAUAAACUUAAAGUAACAGAUGAAAAUAAUCGUCUGGUAGAUGUUAAUGCGAACAAUGGUGAGUAUAAUAAUCUCAAAAUCGAAUUGAAUACAACAAUUGGCGUUUAUGUUUCACGUGCAUGUUCUGAUGCAUUUAAGCAAUACCGUAGUCAAACGAAGGAUAAUAAAUUAGCAAUAAUAAAAAUAACAAAUAUAACAUCAACAAGACGUAGGAUUAUGGCUAUACAUAAUUUAAGUGACUGGCCCCAAUAUCGAAGUAUAUUGAAACCCAUGAUCAAUGAUAUUUAUUUUCAAAAACCUAAUAAUUACGAUCCAUUGAUUAUGAAUCCCACAGAUGGAUUUAAUACAGCCCAAUCAGAAACAAUUGCUAUUGCUGAAUGUAUGUUUAGUGAUAUUCAACAACGAAUGCAUCUUGUAUAUGGUCCUCCUGGCACAGGCAAAAGUCGAACAAUCGCAGGUAUUGUAUUGAAAUUACUGCCUAAAUUAGCGGAAAAAGGACAUAAACAAAAAAUUCUUCUUUGUGCACCAUCAAAUAAUGCAUGUGACGAACUGUCUCGUCGUAUUCUUGCUGGAUUUGAAGAAGAAAAAAAAAAAGAUAUUUUUUACGAACAGGGUAGAUUAGUUCGCAUUGGUUGUCAACCACCUGAUGACUAUCAUUUAUGUAAAUAUUUCUUAGAUUUUAUGGUUUUACAAGAUAUAGUGAAUGCUUUGAAAACGGGACGAAGAAUAUAUCCAAGUAUUAUUGCUCAAGAAACUGAGUUGCGCCUUAUGCAAGAUGCUCAAAUAGUUAUAUCAACAUUAAAUUAUUGUGGAAAUGCAAGAAUGCAUCAACUGAAAUCAUUUACAGAGUUCAUUAUUAUCGAUGAAGCAUGUCAAGCUUCAGAAGCUGACCUUCUUCUACCACUUCGAUUUAAAUGUACUAAACUGAUGCUUGUAGGCGAUCCAAAACAGCUUGAGCCGUGUGUUCUGAGUGAAGCUGGAAAAAUGUAUGGUUUAUCUCAAUCUCUUUAUGGACGUCUUUUUUCUAUUUUUGAUCAAUAUCCAGAUAGUCCAAUAGGUAUGCUCAAUAUUCAGUAUCGGAUGCAUCCAGAUAUAUGUAGUUUUCCAAAUGAAUACUUCUAUUCCAAUCGUUUAAUAACCGAUGAUUCAGUAGUGGCAAGAACGAUAAACUUUACUUUAAAAUCAUUAUAUCUAUAUAACAUAACUAACUUACCACAUACCUAUGAUAGUGCUAACUCGUCAUGUAAUGAAGGUGAAGCUAAAUGUAUACGAGCGUUUUGUAAUUUAUUGAUUGCGCAUCUAGCUGAGCAGCGUGCAUUAGUCUCUAGCAACAGUAACAAUCAUGAAAGAAGUAAUGACAAUAGUGAUGACGACAAUGAUGAUGAUGAUUAUGAUGAUGCAUCCAGCACAACUAAUUUGUCUAUUUCGAGCUAUAGGACAGCUAAUGAUAGUUUUGAUGAAGUAGAAAUUGAAAGAAGACGUUUACAACGAUUAUCAAUUAACGAUUCUCAAUCAGCUGAAAUUCAACAACGUAUUGCUAUAAUUACGCCAUAUAAAGCUCAAGUUCGACUGCUUCGACAAUAUUUACCAUCCUAUAUUGAAAUCAUGACAGUGGAUAGUUCACAAGGCAAAGAAAAAGAUAUCAUUAUAAUAUCAUGUGUUCGUAGUGGUGGUAAUAUUGGAUUUCUAGAUGAUAUGCAUCGUGUGAAUGUAAUGUUAACUCGAGCAAAAUAUGCUUUGUAUGUGUUUGGAAAUUUAACUCAGUUAGCUAAUCAACAUGUUGGUUGGGAGGCUUUUGUGAAUCAUGCUCGUGCAAAUGGAAUUUUCUGUAAUACAAAUAUCACGCCAAUUGACUUACCAUAUUGUGAAGAUUAA